AUGGAACAUGUGUUUAGAGAUACGGACAAACCACAGGAAUCAGAUGUACGAAUUGCCAGAAUAUUAUUGUUAAUGCCCAGAUUAGUGUUUUUAAUUCUGGUGUUUGUUGUUGGCUCUGUAGGAAAUGUGAUUGUACUGUAUGUUUAUCAUUUUAAAUGGCGGAAUUCUACCUUUACUUUAUUUGUAAAAGUGCUAGCAUUAUUAGAUCUGUUAAAUUGUUUUACCAGUACACCUGCUGCUAUUAUUUUAGUUCUUGGACAAGAUCAUGUUUAUGUAGAUACUCUGUGUGCAAUUACUCCUUUUCUGUCUCUGUAUACAUCUAUCGUUUCCGGUAUAUUAUUUGUUAUCAUAGCAGUACAGAGAUAUUUGGGUAUAUGUAAACCAUUGAAAGUUUCAUUUGAAUUACCAUUGGCUAAAAAACUGUGUCUAUUUGCGAUAUCUCUGGGAGUGUUACCCAGUAUGUUACGAUUAUUUUUGGACAGUGGAUUAACGUACCAUGUGUCAUUUAACGAUAUAAAAUUUAAUAUAACUAUGUGUGUUGUAACAGAAGAAUCACGUUUAGUACCGAUAUAUAAAGUUUAUAUGGGAGUGUUAGCAUUGUUGUUCUUUGCAAUAUUUGGAACUUUAAUUCUGCUAUAUGUGUUAAUGUGGAGGAAGAUGUUUAGACAUGCUGAUCAAAGAACAGAAUUAUUCCAAAAUCAACAGUCAGUGAGAAACAUUAGACAGUGCAAUGCCAACAAAUACAACUCGUUUAAGAUAUUUUUUGCAGUAACUGUUGUAUUCUUAGUGAGUUAUUUACCACAUUUAACCGUCUUAACAGUUCGCACUCUAGAUCAUGAUUUAACAACUGUUAGAAGAGCGUUUUAUGAUCUGGCAUAUUAUAGUCCGUUGUGGAACAAUGCUGCAAAUCCUUUAAUAUACAGUUUUUUCUCAGCUGAAUUCCGAUUUCAGUGUCGUGAAUUAUUCUGUUCAAAAUGUUGCAGGAAAGAAAAGUGUUACAAUGAUACAUUUAGAAUGCAGUCUAUGAAUCAAGCCUCUCGUAGAACUCUUCACAGUAUUGCUUAA